AUGAACGUCACUGGGAACCUGACGAACCAAGACUGCACCACAAUGUUUUACAAUUUAAGCCAAGAGCAUCAAGACCAAUAUUUCUUCAGAGUGCAGAUCUCCAACUUUAAAGCAACAGCUGUUUGUGAUGCUCUUCAAAUAAAUGUUACAGACUCUCCCUGGAGUCCUAUAAUCACAGUCUCUGGUGCUCAGACAGAGACACAGGUGGUGACUGUGACCUGCUCAGCGGUCACUCCCUGCCCAAGUGCCCCUCCUCGCCUCACAUGGAACCUCCACCAAGACUCUGCCAGCGUCACAGAGAGCAGCCCAAACGGGACAUUUACCACAAAAAUCACACACAACAUCACUCUGACACACGCCCAUGACAGAAGCACGAUCAAAUGUAACGCAUUGUAUCCUGUGACUGGAGGAGACAAAAUGGCCGACAGUAACAUCACCCUGAGCGUCUUUUAUGGUCCUAAAAACACGUCUGUUGUGGUCAGUCCACCUGGUCCACUGUCUGCAGGUCAGUCUGUGACUCUGAGCUGCAGCAGCAGAGCUCAGCCUCCUGUGCAGCGCUUCACCUGGUUCAGACGCAGCAGCUCCAGCGGCUCCAGCGGCUCACAGACACCGGUCAACGUCAGUGCAGGACACACAUACAGCUUCAACUUCACUGCACAAGGAGACUAUUACUGUGUGGCCUUCAAUGCUCUUGGAAAUAAAUCCUCUCCAGUCAUUUCACUGACCUUAAGAGAAGAUCUUAUAGAUUUGAAUGUACCGUGGGAGAUCAUUCUUGGUGCUGCCGUUGGAAUCCUGGUGGCCCUCUGCAUUGGUUUGUUUGUCUGGUGUGUUAAAGUGAAAUGCAAGCGCCCAGAAGACACACAGCAAGAUACAAUUGAACAAGAAGUGGACGAUACCGCUCAAAAUGAAGAGGGUAAAGAGGCUUCUAACGUUAAACCAGACAAUGAAACAACAGAGCAGACGGUCAGAGGGUCCCAGGCUCCACCCACAAACACAAGCAUCCACUAUGCGGAAAUCAACUUUUCUAAGUUGAGACGGAAAGAGGUUCCAAACACACACAAACAGGAGCCUGUGUACGCCAAUAUCCAAGAUCCAAAGGCAGAAGACAUCAGUGUAGAAGAUGGGUAUGAAUGUCUUUAUGCAAAGGUGAAGAAGUCGGCCCAAGCUUUGACAGCGGAUUGUGUUGUUUAA